AUGAGCGGCGCUCCCGGCGGGCCCCGGCCGAGGACCCCGCCGAGCCGCGGAGCCGCGGCCGCCCCGUCGCCCCGGCCGCCCCCCGCCGACCCGCUGCGCCAGGCCAGCCGGCUGCCCAUCCGCGUCCUGAAGAUGCUCAGCGCCCACGGCGGCCACCUCCUGCACCCCGAGUACCUCCAGCCGCUCUCCUCCACGCCCGUCAGCCCCAUCGAGCUGGACGCCAAGAAGAGCCCGCUGGCGCUGCUGGCCCAGACCUGCUCGCAGAUCGGGAAGCCCGACCCGCCGCCCUCCUCCAAGCUGAACGCCGUGGCGGCCGCCGCGCCCGCCGCCGACAAGGAGCCCUCGGCCCGGCCCGCCGCGCUGAAGCCGCCGGGCAGCGGGGACGCGCCCGCCGAGGACAAGUCGAGCUUCAAGCCCUACUCGAAGGGCGGCGGGGAGCCCCGCAAGGAGGGCGGCGCGGACAAGGCCGGCUUUCGGGUGCCCAGCGCAGCGUGCCCGCCGUUCCCCCCGCACGCCGCCGCCUCCUCGCCCGGCGGCUCCCGCGGGGCUUCACCGCAGCACCCCGAGCCCAAGGGCGCCGAGGAGAAGAAGGAGCCCGAAGGCGGCAAGCCCAGCCCCGAGGGGACGGGCGGGGCGCUGGGGCGCGGGGUGGUGGAGGCCGGGGCGCACGGCGAGCCCCCCUCGGGCCGCAAGUCGGAGCCCCCCGCGCUGCCGCCCGCCGGCCAUGUGGCCCCCGUGUCGCCCUACAAGCCGGGCCACUCCGUGUUCCCCCUGCCGCCCUCCAGCAUCGGCUACCACGGCUCCAUCGUCGGCGCCUACGCCGGCUACCCGUCCCAGUUCGUGCCCGGGCUGGACCCCACCAAGCCGGGGCUGGUGGGCAGCCAGCUGCCGGGGGCGCUGGGGCUGCCGGGCAAACCGCCCAGCUCCAGCCCGCUCACCGGGGCCUCGCCGCCCUCCUUCAUGCAGGGAUUAUGCCGGGACCCGUACUGCCUGAGCUACCACAGCGCCUCGCACCUGGGCUCCAGCAACUGCUCCAGCUGCGUGCACGACCCCGGCAGCCUCAAGAGCGGAUACCCCUUGGUGUACCCCACGCACCCCCUGCACUCGGUGCACACCACGCUCUCCUCCAGCGGCACCCCCAGCCUGCCCGGCCACCCCCUGUACACCUACGGCUUCAUGCUGCAGAACGACCCCCUGCCCCACAUAUGCAACUGGGUGUCUGCCAGCGGACCCUGCGACAAGAGGUUUGCCACCUCGGAGGAGCUGCUCACCCACCUACGGACCCACACGGCCCUGCCGGGGGCCGAGAAACUCUUGGCGGGUUACCCUACCUCCGGGCUGGGCUCCGCGGCCUCCUGCCACCUGCACCUCCCGCCCGCCGCCCCCGGGAGCCCCAACACCUUACCGGCCUCGCUCUCCUUGAGGAGCCCACACACUUUGGGACUAAACAGGUACCACCCCUACGGCAAGAGCCACUUGCCCACGGCCGGCGCCCUGCCCGUGCCCUCCUUGCCGGCUGCCGGACCUUACUACUCCCCGUACGCUCUCUACGGCCAAAGACUCACGUCAGCCUCGGCUUUGGGAUAUCAGUAACCGGCUCAGCCCCAGCCCCCCGCGCCCUCCUUGGACUCUGUAUUUAUUACUGUAUGUUAGCUUAAAGCUGGGAAUAUAAGUGCAUUAUACACCAAUGAAUCAAUGGUAUGCAAAAAAAAAAAAAGUCUGUGUUCCAA